UGAUCUCCGGCGAGAGUACCUUCACCGGAAAGAAUGGUCUCUGUGUUAAUCGAUGAAGAGGAAUCAAAACUGUAGUAAGAUUUCUGGAAUCCGAUUAGAGAUUUGAAGCUGAAAUCAAAAUGGCUAGUCAACAACGGAGAUCGGUAUUAACCCUAAUCUUCAUCUGCUUCGCCAUUUCUUCUACCUCAUCAGAUCAGGUUGGAACAAGUUAUGGAGAUUUCGAUCAGAUUCGUUCACUUUGUAUCUCUGAUCGUUUCAUUAUGGAUUCUUACUUCACUACACACACUUCGUUAAACGAUUCAGAGUUUCGAAAAUUCUUGCUUCUUCAGCAAUGUUCUGAUAAAGUUUCUUCUGAAGAUCCAAACAUUGUUCCUGUAACUUCAUUGGUACAAUACAGAAACGUUACUGGUGAAGGUUCACAUCGUAAUCUCCUUACAUCAAUCAGAUUACUUCCUCUUUACUCAGAGUUGAAGCUUCAUGAGCUUGUGAUUGUUGAACGGUUGCCUUUGGGAGUUUUCGCUGAUCCUUUUGAGCUUCAGAGUCUUCAGGAACGCAGAGUUUUUAGUGAUGUGUCUGUGUUUGGAGACACGAAUCUUGAGCUGCCUUCGUUUAGAUCGAACAGAUCUGUCGUUGAGAUUCAUGUCGAAAUCAGUACUAGAGAUUAUGAAAAUGGUGAAAUCAGUUUAAAGCUUCCUUUACAUGCUCGGUAUCAGCCUCUGGGGGACAGUGGAUACUCUAGAGUGGAGUUUGGAGAGCCAGACUUGUUCUUGUGCUCAAGCCAGGCACAAAACCACCAACAUGAACAGAGAAGGUGUUCGGUUUUGUCGAUUGGCAGAUCGAAGACUGAAACCACCUCUGUUUUCUGGGACAUCCCAGCCGGAAUCAGGGGUCAUACAGAGUAUGUUUCCAGCUUGACAUUCGCAGCUGCAGUUUUGUCUGCAUUUUCAAUUCUUAUGGCAUCAGUUUUGAGCUCAAAGGUUGAAUCUUGUAAAAACUCAAAGCAGUCAUAAUUCAGCUUUGGUUUCAAACUUCUGUGUUACAGUCAUUGAGUAAAACGUUUUGUUUCCUCUCA